UAUAAGGUAGUGAGAUUUUUUGGAGUCAUCAAGAGACUAUCAGUCCAUGUAACAUCACAAGCAUACAGACAUAGGAUAUGGAGCCGGUUGAUCAACAAUUUUUUGUUUUCAAUGCAGCUAAUGGCAGAGCUUCUAGGCACCUACUUAAUAAUGUUUGAUGGUUUUGCUGUAAUGGUGGUGAAUAAGAACAUGGGUCUUCUUGGGAUAGCAGUUUUGUGGGGAUUAGAUGUGAUGAUUAUGAUCUACACUGUUGGGCAUGUUUCUGGUGCCCAUUUUAACCCUGCUAUCACAAUUGCUUUUGCUACAUCUAAGAGGAUUGCAUGGAGACAAGUAAGUUUCUCCAUUAAUCUCAGUUACAACAGGCAUGAGCAAGAAAGGAUAAACACCAUCAAAAAAUGUUUCAGGGAUGUUUCAGUUCACUUUUUGGGCUACUUCUGUUUUCAGGUUCCGGCAUAUAUAUUAUCACAAGUCGUGGGUGCAACUCUAGCAACUAGCACUGUGAACUUAAUGUUCAAGGAAGAGCAACCUCAGUUUCUGGGAACAAUUCCAGCUGGCUCAGAUUUGCAGUCUCUUGGAUUAGAAUUCUUGAUCACUUUCCACCUCAUGAUUGCUGUUGCAGGCAUUGCAACGGAUAAUCGAGCUGUUAGUACCACUGCUUUUUUAGCGUCUUGAUUAUUACUUCAAAUGUUAAGCUCUUAGGACUUCAGAAUUUCACUUAUUUUAUCCUUCUCUCUGUUUACUGGGGCAGGUUGGAGAGCUCACUGGACUUGUCAUUGGAGCUGUAGUCACAAUUAACUCCAUUGUUGCCGGGUAUGCUAAAUAGAUAUCUUCCGGUUUCCACUUACUCUGAACACAUUUCAGAAUGCAUUUCUAAAGCUAUCACAUUUGGAAAUAAAAUGCUCUCGGAAGUGUUUGACAACCAAAACCAUUUCACUUAAAGAAAUUGCCAUAAUGUCUUGGAGAGUUUUAAAAAGUAUGUUUUCCUAAAAUAGCUUCAGGAAAUAAACAGGAACAACUCAAAGUGGAGGAAUACUACAGAUUAUCAUCAAUAAUAGGAAGUUAAAACUAAGUGGAAAGCUACCUGUACAAACUGUGGAAUGGACCUAUAUAAGAACACGAUUUUAGAAAAAUAAGAGUACAAUGCCAACCCUCACAGAUGAGUACGAGUAACAGUUUCUAGUUGUUCUUUUUGGAAUCAUCCCUCUUUCAUUCUACAUAUUUGCCUAACUGGGCAUAUUUGGCUAUUGUGAUGUACAGGACUACUUCAGGGGCAUCAAUGAAUCCCGUAAGAAGUUUGGGACCAGCAAUUGUAUCAAAUUGUUACGAGAAACUAUGGUUAUACAUGUUGGGUCCAAUAGCAGGAGCUACAACUGGUAUCUGGUUCUACAAUGCCAUGAGGUUUACAAUUAAGCCCUCUGAUGAAGUCACUAAGUUUCUUCCCUUCCUCCGAAGAUUAGCCCAAAACAAAGUUUAAAUGACAAAUACUACUGCCCCGGUAUGGUUGAUUAACCACUUGUCAGACCCAAGCUUAUGUGUUUCAGAACAGAAGAUCAUCCCAAAAUAAAGCUUAAUGAAAAAACUACUGUUCUGGUCCUCAAUGCAAGUUCAUUAGAAGAUAGACCCCAUUUGGCUGCUACCAUAUAUAAUAUCUCUGAAUUUCCCUUACUGUUUAGCAAAUCUUUAGAUAUAUUCUUCCACUGAGGCUCUCCACGAAGCAUUUUUGAGGUAAAGCAUUUUGAGGUUUUACCAGAAGAAAGUACUUUAAUGAGCAUGGUAAAGCGGUAGCUUCAUAAGCACGCUAAAUUUCCUCGAACUCUGUCCAUAUAGGAAAUGACUAUAUCACCAAUGUUUCUAGAAGAUGCUUACAGGAAA